GCGGGGCGGGACUCUGCCCCUGAUAAGCCUGGUCUCCGGCGCGGGCGGCGUUUUCUGCCUCCGGUCUCUGCCCCGCGGCGCUCGCGAUGCUGGUCCAGUUCGCCCCGCUGCGGCUGCCGCUGCGCCGCCGCCUCCAAACCGCCGCGGUGCUGCAGUGGGUCUUUUCCUUCCUGGCGCUGGGUGAGGUCUCUGGAAAGGGGGGCGGGGCUCCUCCUAUGGGGCAAGAACCCAGGGCGCUGCUGCCCGGGGGGGGGGGGCGCCUUGGGAAGGGGCUGGUUUCGGGGGGCGCUGCCCGCAGGUGGCGAAGAGGCAGGUAUUCAUUUCGGGGCGGCGGGAGAAGAGACUUUCCUGUGCCUAUUUCAGGGGGGGCUGCAGGAUUUUCGCUUUUUGGGGGGCUGUGCAAUUCCGGGGAUUCUUUAACAAAAAAAGUCGAGGCGGGGAGAGUUUGGCGCCUCUCAAGGAGUUUGUGGGCUGCCUUGCUGGGCAGAAGGUGCGUUGCCUGGGGGGGGGGGUCCCUCCUCCUAGCUCCCCACUAGGAAAGGGGGCGACUCUGCCAGCUUGGUUGAAAGCAGCCUGCAGAAUCCGCCCUGCUAAGAGGGUGUCGAUUUGGAGGGAGCAGGUAAUGAGUUUUGGGUUGGCUGCGCAGGUGGGUGGGAGGCUGGGAAAGGGGUCUCUUCUUCAGCAUCCCAUCAGCGUCUGCUCCAGAGCCAAGGCCGCAGCAGAGUGCCUCUGAGCAUGUGCAGAGAGAGGUCCCUUUUGCUGUUGUUUGAGCAGGCAUUCAUUGGUACUUUCCUGCUUUGUAUAGUUUAACUUUGCAUACCGACCUUCAGGGAUGGUUUGCAGCUUAAAAAUGCAACGUUAAAAAAUGCAAAAUAAACAAUAAGACAAAAUAAUAAACAAGAGCAAAGACAAAGAAAGACACCCCCCCUUAUUUCAAAAGGUAUUGGAUGUUAACCAGCCAGAGGCAGAGGCUGCAAUGGCAAGGCUGAGCUGAGGAUAUGGAGCAUGCGCAGAGUGCCUUUCCUUUCACAGUGUGGGGCAAUCCAGCCAGAUGGGUGGGGUAUAAAUAAUAAAAUUAUUUUCAUCAUAUCAUGUUCAAGAGAAACAUUUUUAUGUAUCAUGAAGGAGCAAACUGAACCUCCCUUGAAUGGGACCCCAAGGGGUCAUCCAGCCCAACCCCCUUCGAGGCAGGAAUCGGCUGUGGUGGAGCAGGGGCUGGUCCCUUUCCCAGCAGCCAACCUCUCGGAGGGGCUUGUGGUGUGGGAUUUGCAGGCAUUGUAUGUGUGUUGGUUUUCCUGGGUGGGGCGAACACUGAGGACUAGCCUCUUGAGGGCAGCUAACCUAACCCAGGCCUGCCUCUCUCCCCAGCGCAAUGCUGCCUGGUCUUGUUCCUCGUCUUGCUCCUGGGAGACGGCUGGGUGCUGGCUGUCCUCUACGCCGCCUGGCUGUACCUGGACUGGGAGACUCCGGCCAGAGGGGGCCGUCGCUCCAACUGGGUCCGCAACUGGGCUGUGUGGCGCUACUUCCGAGACUACUUCCCCAUGACGGUGAGCAGGGCGUGUGUGUGUGUGUGUGUGUGUGUGUGUGUCUUUGGGCUGUGAAAUCUGAGGGCCCCCUUGGACAAAAAACAAGGACAGACCCCAGCCAGGAAUCCCAGAGCAAAACAGCAGCCAGUCGGCUUGGUCUUGAUUGAAGACUGUCGGACAGGACUCCCACCUGCCACCAGGUGGAACAAGAUGGAAGCCCCCAACAAAAGAGAACCCAAACUUUUAUUAGCUGCUGAUCCCCAUGUUAAGAGGGACACAGGUGGCACUGUGAGUUAAACCACAGAGCCUAGGGCUUGCCGAUCAGAAGGUUGGUGGUUCGAAUCCCCACGACAGGGUGAGCUCCCGUUGCUCUGUCCCUGCUCCUGCCAACCUAGCAGUUCGAAAGCACGUUAAAUAGAUAAAUAGGUACCGCUCCGGCGGGAAGGUAAACGGUGUUUCCGUGCGAUGCUCUGGUUCGCCAGAAGUGGCUUAGUCAUGCUGGCCACAUGACCCGGAAGUUGUACGCCAGCUCCCUCGGCCAGUAAAGCGAGAUGAGUGCCGCAACCCCAGAGUCGUCCACAACUGGACCUAAUGGUCAGGGGUCCCUUUACCUUUAAUCCCCAUGUUACAUCCCCCCCAAACUACAUCAUGGUUACAUCAUGAAAGGGAAGGUCUGGUGGCAGGAAUCUGAGCAUCCUGGACCCUGCCCCAUGGUUCCCCUUGCCCUCCACCAAACACCCAUCAAGUGUAGCAAAAGAGAUAUUUACAUUUCCCUGUUUCCCAGCCAGUUAAUCCCACCCUUUUGUCUCCAUCUGGGUUUGGUAUUUCUGGAAUGGCUACCUGUCUGGCACUCAGGUAUCAGGAGGCCAGGGAUUAUCACUCAGGCAGAGGGGCUGCUGAGGAGCUGAGCUCACAGGUCUAGAUGAAUUUCUGAAGUUUUCCCAGUGAGCCAGUACAUAGAGACAUUUAUCAGUGAAUUCUUACAUUUGGUAUCGUGCAGCAGAGGCCCUUUGAACAGAUAGGAAGAAACUGUGAUGGGGGCAAAUCACAAGUCACCAAAGUGAUUGUGCUGAUUUUGGUAGUGGGCUGCAUGUGCAUGAUAUCUGCUGGAGGGGCAACCCCCACCCCAACCUAUACAUAAAUUCCUGCAACAGGGCCUGGCGUGGCCUGUGCCCUCCUUGGCAGGGUGGCGUGCAGAGAGUUGCAGCCCAGCUGGUGCCAGACGGCUUGCCCUACUUUCCUUUGGGGGCCAAGGACCUCCAGACACACUGCCCAGGCCUGUGCACUUCGAUGCUGCAAACCCAGCGGUUAGACUUCACCCCAGGAGACAGAGAGAUGCCAAAGGCAGGAGUCGGAAGGGGGACCCUCAAGGGACAUCUAGCCCAACCCGCUUGCCUUGCAGGAAUUGCAGCUAACGAAUCCCUGAUCCGGAUGGCCAGCCAACCUCUGUUAAAAACCCUCUGAGGAAGGGGAGCCCACUGCCUUCUGGGUCAGUUGAACGCCUCUUGCAGACAGAAAGUUGUUGUAUGUAACGUCAAAUAAGAGAAAUGUGUAACAAAUUGAGAAUUAAUUGGUUUAAGUGAUGAAAAGAGAGAUAUAAUCUAUAUAUCCUUCUGGCUUCUCCACAUCCUCCUUUCGCCACUGCCUGCCUCCCCAUGCCCUCGCCGGACUUCCCUCUCGGCCCCACUUGACCUGGGUACAAAUUCCACCUCUGUUUGAACAGCAGGAGCAAACAUUCAGGAAAAGCCACAUUCCUUCUGUCCUGUGGAAUAGAGAGGACUUCCCUGGAGUCCUUCGCAGACCCAUAAAAGCUCUGCAGCCCCAUGGGAGGGGGUCAGUGUCUGCCCCAUAUUGGAGAGGUGUGUGGGAGGCGGAGGCUGCAGUGGCAAGGCUGAGCUGAGACACGGAGCAUGCGCAGAGUGCCUUUCCUUCCACAGUGUGGAGCCGGCGCUGCUGCAGCUGCCUCCUAAUACCCUCUUUGCAUUUGUAAGGAAACUCUGGAACUCCCUGCCUGUUGAUAUCAGCCAGGCGCUUUUGCAGGGCUCUUUUUGCCGAGAACAUUUCUGCUUAGAAACAGAUACUUAGACCGUGGUGCUGAUAACGCCAAGGUUGCAGGUUCGAUCCCUGAAUGGCACAUCUGCCUAUUCCUGCAUUGCAGGGGUUGGACUAGAUGACCCUGGGGUCCCUUCCAACUGUUAGUCCAAGGCCUGUUUUUAGUUGAUUGCUAGCUUUAUUCUUCGAUUGUUCUGAAGAGUUGCUUUUACCAGUACUUUUAUUGACAGACUCUUUUCAAUUUAGUCGGCCUUGGUGAAGAUUUGACGUUUUCAUCCCCAAAAAGUUUUUGAUUUGAGUUUCUACUGAAAUGAGGCUGCAUUUUAACGUUGUGUUUUAAUCCUGUUUUUAUGCUGUAUUUUAAUCAAUUGUUUUUUACAUCUGGUGUUAGCUGCCCUGAGCCUGGUCUUGGCUGGGGAGGGCAGGGUAUAAAUAAAACUUAUUAUUAUUAUUAUUAUUAUUCACCAAUUGCUCUCAGGUUUUUUUUCUCUCUGUGUGUGCAAUAAAUAAAACCCCACAGGUGUGCUGCAGGUUUCCAUCUGGGUUCAGAAGUGGGGCUCCCCAAUGGGGCUGGCCCUGGGAACCAGAGAACGGCUUUGAGCCACAGAAUUGUAGGGUUGCGUGGGACCCCCAAAGGUCAUCCAGCCCAACCCUCUGCAGUGCAGGGGUCCAGUGACAACAUCUGCGGGAAACACCCAUAUCCCUCUAGGGUAAUUCAUUGCGGGGGUCACCAAAUAGCCCUCUCCCCCUACCACCUUCGGGUGCCCUCCCCUGCCCGAAAAGUGAGGGGUGUGUGUGUGUGAGGAAUCUCCCCCGCCUCCCUUCUUGCCCCCUUGUGCUGCCUGCCCCCCAUGUUUCCGGCUGCUUCCUCACCCUGCCCCCCUUUUUCUCCCCCCGCCCCACGGCAGCUGGUGAAGACGAUGGAUCUGGACCCCUCGCGCAACUACCUCUUCGGCUUCCACCCCCACGGAGUGCUGGUGGCUGGCGCCUUCGGGAACUUCUGCACAGAGGGCACCGGCUUCUCUGCCCUCUUCCCGGGACUCACCCCACACCUGCUGAUGCUGCCCUUCUGGUUCAAGGUGCCCUUCUUCCGAGACUACAUCAUGAGCGGCGGUGAGAGGCUUGGGGGACCCGGGCAGGGGGCUGCCAGGCUUGGGUGGGUGGGUGUGGGGCAAGAGGAACCUCCACGUGCCAUUAUAUGAACUGAAUAUUGCAUACGGUUCUGGUCGCCUCUCCUUUAAAAGGAUAUCGAAGAGUUGGGAGAUGUACAGAAGGAGAUGAUGGAGCGACUCUCCUAUGAGGAAAGGGGGCGCUUUUAAGUUUAAAGACAAGAGGCUAUGAAAUCAUGUGUGGCAUGGAGAAGGUGGAUAUAAUAAUAAUAAUAAUAAUAAUAAUUAAUAAUGAAUUGAAUUGAUUUUAAAAUGAAUUGAUUUUAGAAUGUGUUACUUUUAUUUUUGUUAGCCGCUCUGAGCCCGGCUUCGGCUGGGGAGGGCGGGAUAUAAAUAAAAUUUUAUUUAUUAUUAUUAUUAUUAUUACUACUAUAAUUUAUUGUUUGUAGGCCACCCAUCCGACUGGGUUGUCCCACCCACUCUGUGGGGGCUUAACAGCAAAUAAAAACCUCACAGAGGAAAGUUUUCCUCCCUUUCUCAAAGCACUGGGACUUGCUGAAUGUGGGAAGGUUCUGGACACAGAAAGGAAAGUCCUUCUUGUAGCACAGACUGUGGAACUCCCUGCCACAGGAGGCGGGGAUGGCUACCAAUUUCGUUGUCUUUAGAAUUGUAGAGUUGGAAGGGAGCUCUUUCUCUCUCUCUCUCCCUGCAGGACUGGUUUCCUCGGACAAGAGCAGCGCCGCCUACCUCCUUGGCCACGAAGGUGGGGGCCAGGUGGCCGUGAUCGCUGUUGGGGGGCCUCCCGAGUCGCUUGACGCCCGACCCGGAGCUCUGACCCUCCAGCUUCGCAACCGCAAGGGCUUCAUCAAGAUGGCGUUGCAGCACGGGUGAGUUUGGGGGCACAGGGGACCCCUGCUGUUGCUGCUCGCGACUUCCCCGUAGCGAAAUCCCCGAGCCCUGAUUAAGCCGGGCUCUCUUUAAAUAUAAUGUUAUUAAGGCUUUUCAACAUGCAAUUUAAAAAAACAAGAACGACAGAAGCAAAACAAAGAUAUCGGAAAGAGAACGAAGAGGAAAGAGAGAAAGGAAUAAUAACAGGAGAGAGGGAGGGAGAAGUAACAGUGUGUGGGGGGGGAAAGUAUUUGAUCCCCUGCGAAAUUUGCCCUUCUGACGAAGAAAUGACCCGCCCAUCAUUUUAAUGGUAGGUUUAUCGUAGCUGUGAAAGACAGAAUAACAACAGGAAAACCCCCCAGAAACCCAGAAGACAAAAGUCAGAGAUUGGUGUGCAUUAUAAAUGAGUGAAAUAAGUAUUUGAUCCCCUAUCAACCAGCCAGAUGUCAGGACUACCUGGUAUCUUCACAAAUACUUAUUUCACUCAUUAUAACUCACAUCAGUCUCUGACUUUUGUCUUCUGGGUUUCUGGGGUUUUUUCCUGUUGUUAUUCUGUCUCUCACAGCUAAAAUUAACCUACCGUUAAAAUUAUGGGCGGGUCAUUUCUUCGUCAGAGGGCAAACGGGCGAAUUUAGCAGGGAAUCAAAUAUCCCCCCCCCCCCACUGUAAAAAUGACUUGCAAGUAUCCGCCCAUCAGUUAUUCCUGCAAAAUUCCUCGUAAUAAUCUGACGUUCAAUCCCGAGUAAUGCCCAGAUAUUCCUCCCUCUGCUAGCUGACGCUUUCCCAAUUUUAAAUCCAGGCACCACAGGUUAAUUCCUUUUCCUUCCCACCCAAAAGUCAAAAAUCAUUAUUUAUUGUAAGUGUCAGCCUUCAUCUUCCUCCAGUCCCAACCUCACAACUUCACUGCCAGAUUUAGAAAGAAAUAUUCACUCCUUAUUCUUUAUUCCUCAUGAGUUUUUUUUGCUGCGUUUAUAGAAAAAGACAGUGCUUAGGGAGUGCUCGCAUUUUUGACUCAAGAAAACCACCAUUUUAUAGUUCAAAUCAGGAAAAAUAAAUAAAGUAAAUGGACAAAAGUACAAAGAUUCACAAAAUAUUUAGGCGUAUGCGUACCCCUGCGUACUAUGGGCUACUUUUAAAAUGAGGCUGCAUUUGCAUUUUAACCUGUAUUUUAAAUUGGCUUCCCCCCUCCUAUUAUGUUUUUACUGUAAUUUUAUUGGUGUUAGCCGCCCUGAGCCCGGCUCUGGCCGGGGAGGGCAGGGUAUAAAUAAAAUUUAUUAUUAUUAUUAAAGCAGUGGAAUAAGACCCAUAGCUGUAACUGAUUACGAAUUAUACCAGCAGGGCUCUUUUUAUAGAACCUCCUGUUCCAAGAGCAGUCUAUCAGGUUCCUAGAUUUCUUAGGGGUGUUUGGCCACAGGCUUCUGGACUGGGUGCCCCCAUCUUGCGCCCAAUUGCUCGCUAACUCUCUCUGCCCCCCACUUCUCCCUCCCUCCCAGAGCUGCCCUGGUCCCCGUCUUCUCCUUUGGGGAGAACGAGCUCUUCAACCAGGUCUCCAACCCCCAGGGCUCCUUCAUCCGGGCAGCGCAGGAUCGCCUCCAGAAGGCCAUGGGGCUGGCGCUGCCCCUCUUCCACGCCCGGGGAGUCUUCCAGUACAACGUUGGGCUCCUGCCGUUCCGGAGGCCCAUCUAUACCGUCGGUGGGUAGAGCGCGGGGGCAGCGGGGUGGGGUGGGGGUGUCUCCUAGGUGGGCUUGACCUGUUUGCCAGCAGAGCGGACUCCCUUGGAAAGUUGACAAUCCGCCUGCCUGGAACUCUUUGGCUGCCAUCUCUGCAUUGCAGCGGGUUGGGCUAGAUGGCCUCUGGGGGGUCCCACCCAACCCGCGUAUGGUUCUUGCUUCUGCGACCUCAGAAGGCGGCGGGCUCUCCUUCACGGGAGGCUUUUAAUCAGGAAUUCUUUGGCUGUCGCUCCCUGCAUUUGAGAGGGUUGGGCUGGAUGACCUCCAGGGAACCCCUUCCGACUCUACAGUUCUGUGCAAAGCCAUUUCUGGAUGAGGCCGGUGGGGCCUCCCCUCCUAACCACCCAACCUGGGCCUCUUCUGCCUGCCCCACGGCACCUCUCAUCUCUGCCCCACUUUGCUCCUGGGCUGAUGCAACACAUACACACCCCCAACGCUGACUUCUGUACCAUCUCUGCCUUUUGCAACCCUCCCUCCCCUCUGGGCCUUCCUGGCAGCAGAGCUGUCGCGCUGGACUUUGGCCUUGGCAGAAGGGGGGGAUUUCGGGCUGACUCAGCAUGCUGCAACUCCCGGGGGGGGGGUCCCUCUUUGCAGAAGCCAAAAACCGGACCCUUUGACACCCCCCCUUUGAUGGAGAAUGGCUAACCCUCCGUUUGCCGCCUGCCUUUCCCAAUCCCUGCCCAGACUUUUGGCUGCAAGCUUCCACAUUUGUGACCCAAAUGCUAUGGGGGGGGGGAGCUGGUGAGUUUGCCUUGGAACCAUAGAACUUUGGCAUUGGGAGGGACCCCUAAAGGUCCUCUAGUCCAGCCCCCUUUCACAAUGCUGGAGUCGUAGCGAAGGAAUCCCUUGUCCCAGCACCCCUAAGCCUGGGGUGUGAGUGUGUGUAUGUGGAUUUUAGGGGGGGGGCAGUCAAGCACUUGGCUGUGCAGCUAGCAUCCUUCAGGGCCGAAUCCUGGCCUUGCCCGCUGAGUCCUGCUCUAACCACUUAGCCAGUGGAGGAGUUUGUUGUGACCCUAAAAGAAGCCGUCGGUGUGGGGGGGAGGUAACCCCAGGAGUCGGAAUAAUGGAACUGAAUUGCAAGGGACCCCCAGGGGUCAUCCAGACCAACCCCGUGCAAUCUGGGGCAAGCCAAGCAGCUGGAAUACUUCUUGGUGCAGAGUUCGAGCACUAACUCUCUCUCUCUCUGUCUCCCUCCCACAGUGGGGGCCCCGAUCCUCGUGCCCAAGACCCCCCACCCGUCAUCCGAGGCCAUCGACGAGCUGCACAAAACUUACCUGGAGAAGCUCAACAAGCUCUUUGAGGAGAACAAGGCCGCGUACGGCCUCCCCGAAGACAGGCACCUCGAAAUCGUGUAGGGCAGGGCGGGGGAGAGAAACCCACGGACACCCCCACCCCGAAAGAGAUCCCCUGUGGGGAGCUUAUUUCCUGGACUGCAUGAAGAAGACUGAUGAGGAACCAUUCCAAUACUGAGGGGUCCCCCAGUCUCAGGAGGGGGGCACCCUGAUUUUUGACCCUUGAAGGAUUCCAGGGAAGGAGGUGGAGGGGGGUGACGUGCACUUAAAUGGGGGGGAGCUGGAUAAUGGCUGCUUUUAUGAAAGCUGUAUACUUGCCUCCUGGGAGGUAGUUCCCUGUUCUGUGCCUGCCUGAACCAAGGGGGAUGUGGGUAUGAAAUGCUCCUUCAGCCUCUAAGCAGUUGCCCCCCCCCCCUUGUUCUCCUUCUGCAGAAGUAAUAAAGGGCAGAAUUGUCUUUUCAAAAUGA